AUACAUACACGUACGCGCGCCGCACGUACACUGUUAGGCGACACCGCCAGCCCAGCAACGCAAGUUAUAGCAGUAACAACAGCAACGCCAGCACCCUCUUCUUCCCCGUCUCUCUCUCCGUAGCGACUCUCUCGCGCUCACUCUCGUCCCGCCACUCUCGUUUAUGGAGCCGACCCGAGCCUAGCAGCCCUCCUGAACUGCGGUACCCUUUCUCUCUCCCUCUCUGCGUCUCGCUCAGAUUCUCUUCCCGUAUCCUUCCCUCACUUGGGUUCCAUCCAUCCUCGAUCCGUCAGCAGAAGGCAACCCCCCUUGCCCAGGCCAGCCCAGCCCGCCUUACCACGACCCAGUAAUCAGCAUAGUGAUCCCACAGCCAGAUCCCACUUAGAUCACAAGUCCUUCCCACCCUCUCCAGCCGGUCUACCUCUUUCGCCUUUUCCUUUUCUUCCCUCUCUCUCUCUCGCUCUCUCGCUCUCUUUUCCUCUUUCCUUCCUUUUCCCUCUAUCCUACGUCCUUAUGAAUUCGUUGAAUUCUCGCUUUAAGGGCCUAGGAUUGGGUAAACGGAAAUCCACCGCCAGCAUACCUUCGCCUAAUACUCCGCCACCGCCUGCGACUUCGACCCCUCCGCCUCAAAUAGCGCAGCAGUUCCCACAGAUAUCCCAACCCCAUCCUGGUCCCGCCCCCUCCAUCACAUCUACGUCGUCCCAGACGAGCCUCCCGAUAAUGAACCAUCCCAACGCUGGACCUCGUCCGCCGAGUUAUACUGCGAACUUCCAGCCAGGUCCACAACCACCCGUCGGUCGAACCAGUCCUCUCACUUCCAACCCGGCUCGCACACCCCCAUCCCAGAUGGUCGGCGGUCCUCCUCCCAUCAACACUGGCGCUCCCGUGCCGGGCUACCCUCCGAUGCACGUUCAGCCAGGCACACAACCUCCUCCCGGUGUUGCUGGCGGCCCGCCCGGAUACGCCGGCUACCCGCCGCCCGCUCCUACUCCCCAGCCCGCCAACGCGAUGCAGUCCUACGGGCGACCAGCCGAGGUCGAGGGCAAUAGUCGGAGUAAGGCCCAGCUCAUCGUCGGAAUUGAUUUCGGCACAACCUUCUCCGGCGUCGCCUUCGCUUUCGCGACGAACAACGAAGCGAAAGAGGAUAUCAUCACAGAAUGGCCCGGCGCCGGGUCGUACACGAAGCAGAAGAUCCCGACCGUCUUGUAUUAUGAUCAAUACCAGAAGGUUGUGGGAUGGGGACCGGAUAUCGCCGAGGCGCUAGCGCCGACGGGAUACCCGAAGCCGGGUGUGCAGAAGGUAGAAUGGUUUAAGCUCCAGCUCAUGCUCUCGGGCAAUACCUACAUCGACCCGAUCAACCUACCGCCCCUACCGCCGGGAAAGUCGGAGAUCGACGUGGCCGCAGACUACCUAUUCAAGCUGCGACAGGCCAUGCGCGCGGCGCUACAGAAGACCCUCGGGGAAGUGUUCAACCGAGAAGAGCGCAACAUCCGAUACUACCUGACCGUGCCGGCCAUCUGGAAUGAUGCAGGAAAGGCUGCCACUCGGGCGGCCGCCAUUCAGGCCGGCUUCCUGCGGGACGAAAACGACAACAGGCUGACGCUCGUCAGCGAACCCGAGGCUGCGUCCCUCUUCUGUGCCAAGACGGGCUUGCUGAACCUCAAGGUCCACGAUGCUAUUCUCAUCGUCGACUGUGGUGGCGGCACCGUCGAUUUAAUUGCCUACGAAGUCGAAGACGAGAACCCCUUCACCGUCGCAGAAUGCACGGCGGGCUCUGGGGACUCGUGCGGGUCUACCGCUCUUAACAGGAACUUCAGCAACAUUCUUCGGACCAAAAUCCGGAAGAUGAAGCUCCCGGACGGUUCCAAGACCGCGGGCCGCGUAUACGCCAAGUGCAUUAUGGAUUUCGAGAACCGAAUCAAGGCGGACUUCAGGAAUAACGGUCAAAAAUGGGCCGUCGAUGUCGGCAUCGAGGCUGAAUUCCCCGAGGCGGGCAUCGAGGAGGGAUACAUGACGUUCACCAACGAGGAAAUCCUUCAGUGUUUUGAGCCCGUUGUGAACCGCAUUCUCGAGCUCGUGCGAAACCAGAUCAUCGCCAUCCAAGCUCAAAACCGAACGCUGCAGAACAUCCUGGUUGUCGGUGGUUUCGGCGCGUCGGAAUACCUCUUCCAGCAAAUUAAGCUGCACGUGCCGCCGCAGUUCCAGUCCAAGGUUGUAAGACCUAUGGAUUCCGUCGCCGCCAUCGUGAAGGGCGCUGUGACCGCCGGCAUCACCGAGCGUGUCAUCACGCAUCGCGUCGCUCGUCGCCAUUACCUGAUGGCCACUCUGCAGCCAUUCAAAGAGGGAUAUCACCCCGAAGCGUACCGCGUACCGUCGCUCGACGGCAAGGACAGGUGCAAGUUCACCCGGCAGAUCUUUGUGCAGAAGGGUCAGAAAGUCAAGAUCGGCGAACCUGUCAAGGUUUCUUUUUUCCGACAGGUGGCCCCCGGCGCUACGCUCAUGUACGAGGACAUCCUGUACGCUUGCGACGAAGACGGUUGCCCAGAGUAUACCAAAGAUCCCCGUAUAAAAGAAGUAGUCACCCUCACGUCAGAUCUGUCGCGCAAGAACCUAGAAAAGGAUUUCGAGCGCAUGGACACGCCCCAAGGGACGUUUUACAGAGUAUACUUCGACAUCUACUUGACUCUCGAUGGUUCCGAAUUCAGUGCCGAACUGGUCUGUCAGGGAGAGGUUAUGGGCCGCUGCCGAUCCAGAUUUAGGUAGAGAGUAGGGAACAAGAGAGAGGAAGAGGAGAAGGACUCACGCGAAAGGGAGAAGGUAUGCGCUAUAUCCGAGGUUGACGCCCUGUUUUUGCUUGCAAGAUUACUUGUCAUCUCUUGUCUAUCGCGUUGCUUUUACAGGCUUUCAAA